AUGGCCGCAGCCAUGUUUACACGGCUGAGCAGGUUCAGCAAGGGAGAUGAAUAUGAGGACCUGGACGGAGAUGAUAAUGUGGAGAUGGACAUCACUGAUAUGUACCGAUCGCUGGGCAAGACCCCGCCGCAUGUCCAGACCAAAGACCCCGGGGGUGCUUCACCAAGACAUGUUCAGAAGCCGCCUGAUAAUGAUCACAUUGAAACAUUUACUGUGCAGGAAUGCAUAGAUCAGAUCGGCUUUGGGAAGUUCCAGAUUAAACUGUCAAUUCUGACUGGAUUUGCAUGGAUGGCCGAUGCUAUGGAGAUGAUGAUCCUGUCAAUUUUGUCACCUGCAUUGCACUGCGAAUGGAGGCUGGAAGGUUGGCAGGAGGCCUUCAUCACAACGGUAGUGUUCUGUGGAAUGAUGUGCAGUUCUAGCAUAUGGGGCUCUAUCUGUGACAAGUAUGGGAGGAAAACUGAGCUGAUUUUAUGCUCAUUGAUCACCUGUUACUUCGGCAUACUCAGCGCUUUUGCCCCAAAUUUUAUAUGGAUGCUUAUCCUGCGUGGACUGGUUGGGUUUGGUAUAGGAGGAGCGCCUCAGUCGGUCACCUUGUAUGCCGAGUUCCUGCCCAGCAAGGCCAGGGCCACAUGCGUGACUCUGGUCGAGAUGUUCUGGGCUAUUGGAGCCUGCUUCGAAGUCCUGCUGGCGCUGUUUGUGAUGCCAACUCUGGGAUGGUCGUACCUCCUGGGUUUCUCAGCCAUUCCUUUGUUGAUAUUUUCCUUUUUUUGUGUGUGGCUGCCGGAGAGUGCCCGCUAUGACAUGACCAGGGGCUACUAUGACAAGGCUCUGAAGACGCUGGAGAGGAUUGCUCGAGACAAUGGAAAACCCAUGCCCCUGGGCAAGCUGGUGGAGUCCACUACACAUGGCUAUCAUAUCGUAAAACGGGGACAAAUCAAGGACCUGUUUAUGCCAGAACUCAAGGUCACCACCAUUUUACUGUGGAUCAUCUGGCUGGUGUGUGCUUUCUCCUACUACGGCAUUGUUUUGCUAACCACAGCGAUGUUUGAAAACCCUGAUGGCUGUCACGGUACUGAUGUGAAGUUUAACCCUAACCCCAGCUGUUUCUUGGAGUGUAAAACCCUGACCACCAAGGAUUACAAGGACCUCACCUGGACCACCUUUGCAGAGUUCCCAGGUAACUUCCAGAUACUUCACAAUCUUUGUUAUGCUGGUCAAUAUAUGCACUACAAGGUAACUUCCAGAUACUUCACAAUCUUUGUUAUGCUGGUUAAUAUAUGCACUACAAGGGUACUCCUGACCUUCUUCCUGUUUGUAGCAAGAGCAUUUAUCUCGGGAGCAUUCCAGGGUGCUUAUGUUUACACUCCAGAGGUGUACCCAACAUCCAUGCGAGCCUUAGGUCUGGGCACUUGUAGCGGGAUGGCCAGGAUUGGGGCCAUUGUGACACCUUUUAUAGCACAG